CACAUAUUGCCACAGUUACAUUAACUCGAUCCGUGCAUUAUGGGAGAACCAAACAUAAGCAGCAGCACUAUUAGUUCUGCCUCUUCUAGCUACAGAGGAGUCCGCAAGAGAAAAUGGGGGAAGUGGGUGUCUGAAAUUCGCGAGCCUGGCAAGAAAACCAGAAUUUGGUUAGGGAGCUUUGAGACACCUGAAAUGGCUGCUGCAGCAUAUGAUGUGGCUGCGUUUCACUUCAGAGGACGUGAGGCACGGCUCAAUUUUCCUGAAUUGGUCAAUAGUCUUCCACGCCCAGCAAGCUCAGAUGCGGAAGACAUUCGCAUGACAGCACACGAAGCGGCCCUGAGGCUAAAGGGCCCAGCUUCGGGAAGAGCUCACCAUCAUCAUGAGCUGGUCGGAGGGCCAAGCUUGAAUGUAGCACCGGUCACGGUGAGGCUCUCGCCAAGCCAAAUUCAGACCAUUAACGAGUUCCCGUUGGACUCGCCCAAGAUGUGGAUGCAAAUGGCGGUGGAAGACUCCAUCCCUGCAUUCUCCAAUGAAAUUGAGGAUAAUGAAUGGGAAGAUACGCAAAACGAUUCUCUUUGGGACCCUUAA